AAGCUCGCCGCUCUCUUCCUUGAGGACUCCAUUGAGAACUCAUCCAAUACAUGGAGGGCUUAGCCGAUAACCGCUGGGAGGACACACGGGAGGUCUCCACACAGGACUCGGGAUGGCCUAUACCGCGGCUCUGCUCUUCGGACAAGGGGAGGAAAAAAGCCUCGUCGACAUGAUAGGAAAGUACUUUAUCGGGCGUCAAGAGCGGAGCUUCGUGAGACGAGGAAGUGUCGAAAGUUGCGACGACAUUUCGCCUCACCCCAACAUGGAUGCAGGUGUGGAGCAGGAGGAGAGGCUCCUUCAACAGGAUGUGACUCGCCACAUCGAGCGCUGCCUGACCGAGGCCAAGGCUUCCGUCCUUCACUGCGAGGCGCUGCUGCUUCCUCGCCAGAUGACCGCCAGGGUCGGCCGGGAUGUUCUGAGCGCCGCCACAGACGAGCCGUGUGGGCUGCGGGGUGCCUCCAUCAGGGUCUACGUGGAGACCAAAGAUGGCGUCAAGUCUUUAGGGAACAUCCGCCCCGACCCCGACGUCACGUCCACAUUUGAACUGUCGUUGGUGCUGAAGGCGCACCAGGCGCACGGCUGGCCGCCACUCAAGCACAUCUUUGAUGGCAACAAAGUGAUGAAGCUGAGACCAGAGUACAAGUUGGUGAAGAGGAAGCUCUACUCUUCUGCCAGUCCUGUCAUCCACCAGUUUAACUAGAGCCCGUUGCACUUUUUUUUUUUUUCUUCCCACUGGGAUUUUGGAAAAUGUUUCAUUGUAGCAAACUUGAGCACUAUUUUGCACAAAUGUCUUAAAAUGUGUUUAUUUACUUGGAUUCUGCUGAAAGAAAAUGCUUGUAAUUAUGCAGAACAAAUUGUACACUUCAUUAUGUAACAAGUGGAAGCAUCAUGUCUGGAAGGGGCAGGUCUCAUUCCUUAGACGUGCUGGUCAAUAAAACCUUUUUUACAAAAUA